CUGGACCAAUGGCAUGACGGUGCGCCCUCACUGCUCGCUUCUGAUUGGUCAGCCGUUCUGCUUAAAUUAGACUUUAUAUCGGAUUACGGAUAGGUUUAAACGCGACUUCAGAGCACGCUGAGGACUACAGAGAUGAGUUCAACCAUUACUAUAGAGUGCACUAUGAGCAAAGUCACAAACGGCCACCAUCAUGCAGAUGAAGUUGAACUGGACCCUUCAGCAGGCGAGCAGUUCCUCUCUGAGGCUUUUAAAGUGAUCCUGGAGGAGGCGGUUCACAAAGCUACAGAUGUUAAGGAAAAGGUAUGUGAGUGGAAAGAUCCUGACCAACUGAGGGAUCUUUUGGACUUGGAGCUGAGAGAACAUGGGGAAUCUCAUGAAAAGCUGCUGCAGAGAGUACAUGACGUCGCCAGAUACAGCGUGAAAACCAGUCACCCUCGCUUCUUCAAUCAGCUGUUUGCUGGAGUGGACUACCAUGCCCUGACUGGACGACUCCUCACGGAAACACUCAACACCAGUCAGUACACCUAUGAGGUAGCUCCGGUCUUUGUUCUGAUGGAGGAAGUGGUGCUCCGCAGUCUGCGCUCCCUGGUGGGCUGGGACGAGGGGGACGGCAUAUUCUGCCCAGGAGGCUCUAUUUCUAACAUGUACGCCAUGAACGUGGCUCGAUAUUGGGCCUUUCCUCAGGUGAAGACGCAAGGCCUAUGGUCUGUCCCACGUCUGGCUGUGUUUACAUCCCAGGAGAGCCACUAUUCGAUGAAAAAAUCUGCUGCCUUCCUCGGCAUCGGGACAGAGAACGUUUACCACGUGAAAGUGGACGAAAGUGGCAGAAUGAUCCCAGAAGACCUUGAAGCUAAAAUUGUUCAUGCCAAAUCACAAGGCGCUUACCCGUUCUUUGUCAACGCUACAGCCGGCUCCACCGUACAAGGAGCCUUUGACCCCCUGGAGCGCAUAGCUGACAUCAGCGAGCGGAAUGGAAUGUGGAUGCACGUUGAUGCAGCUUGGGGAGGAAGUGUCCUGUUUUCCAAAAAGCAUAAACAUCUACUCACAGGAAUUGAAAGGGCAAACUCUCUGACCUGGAAUCCACAUAAAAUGCUGAUGACUGGCCUUCAGUGCUCCGUUAUUCUCCUGAGAGACACAACGAACCUGCUGAUGCACUGCCACUGCGCCAACGCCACCUACUUGUUUCAACAGGACAAGUUCUAUGACACACAUCUGGACACCGGGGACAAGUCCGUCCAGUGUGGACGCAAAGUGGAUUGUCUGAAACUGUGGCUCAUGUGGAAGGCAGUAGGCUCACAGGGCCUUGCUGACCGCGUUGAAAAGGCUUUCUCAAAUAGAAGGUAUGUUGUUGAGGAGAUGAAGAAAAGAGCUGGUUUUCAGCUGGUCUCUGAGCCGCAGUUCGUGAACGUGUGCUUCUGGUUUGUGCCUCCCGGCCUGAGAGGAAAGGAGAAUGAAGCAGAUUACAAGGAUAAAUUAGCAAAGGUGGCACCGCUUAUAAAGGAACGCAUGAUGAAACGUGGCUCUAUGAUGGUCGGUUAUCAGCCUCUGGAUGGUCGGGUCAAUUUUUUCCGCAUGGUCAUCCUUUCUCCCCAGCUGCAGCACAGCGACUUGGACUUCUUCCUCGAUGAGAUUGAGAGGCUGGGGAAAGAUCUGUAAAUGAGCUCUGGGUGCUGAAUCAUCACUCAUCCUGGAGUCAUUGUCCAUCAUUGGUCUUUUCAGAGGCAGCCUAUAAGGUCUCACUUCAUCACCUUUUGUUUUUCUUAGACAAGCAGCGAGUUUCAUGAAUCAGUUUGUAAUUUAGCUGGAACAGGACUGGCGCUUUGCUGAUAAGAUUGGGGACCACUGAGUUAGACCGGCUAAAAUAAGUUUCUCAGCAAAUGGUGCUCCUUUUAUUCAUCACUUCCUGUUCAACGAUUCUUUCAUUCUUCUUCUCUGGGUGAAGACUUCGUUUAUCUUCCAGACUUCUUCCAAACUAUUGAAUCGAAGCAUACUUCCUGUGCAUGUUUCGAUUAAACUUUUUUCUUUCUUUCUUUCUUUCUUUCUUUCUUUCUUUCAGUCCUCCAGUCACGCAGUCUUCUCUACUUUUUCAAUAUUUAAGGAUCAUUUUCUAUUUUAUUUUCUCAAUUUUUACACCCACUUCUUUUAUUCAUCUUAAUUUCCAUCAUCCGCCUAUAGACAGAUUUACUGCAACCCUGUUUUUCACUCUAGUCAACAUGAUAAAAAAAAUAUGAAUGUAGCAUUAGGUCAAUUUUAUUACUUUUAUUUUUUAAUGAAGUAAAAGGAACGGCUUUUCUUAUAGUCACCAUCCUACUGACUAUUAUGUUGUAAUAUCAAGAACCUAUGUGUGCUUGAUCAGCUAAAUGGACGGUUUAUUAGGUACCGCUGUCAUACUGGUGCACUUUAUAGCUAUAAAAUCGCUGAUGGAUACAGAAGAGUGCGAUGAAAAUUAUUCAUAUCAACACGUGGGCUACAGAAAGGAAUUGUUCACCUAUAUGGUGGCUGUACCUGAUGAAUGUAGAUCAAACUGGCUAUAAUAAACAAACUGACAACUGAAUGUAUAUUAAUGCAAUGAAUCGAUUUCUGCGGCUUCAGCGGAAAUUGCUGGGUUAGACUAAAUUGGUGUCUGGUAGCUAGAAGUCCGAAUGUAAACCCAUUGCAACUGUUGUUUUUUUUUUUGUGUGUGUGUGUGAUCAGCUUUUGAUAUGUAAGUUUAUUUGUAUACUUCUGAAUUUUCUUCUUCUAUUAAUUAAAGUGAAAAAACCCCACCCUGAAUGGCUCAUAAACUGAUAUUUACACAUAACAUGUGAUCUUCAGUUGUACAGAAGAUUUAUUUUGGGAUUAAAUUCUUAGUUGUUUUGUUUUUGUUUUUAGAUUUUCACUAUAGCUAAUGAAUCGAGUCAGAAUUCACUUCUACCUAAACAGAGCGAUGCGGCAGCGCUUUAGUUUGUCUGUCUCUCCAUUUCAACAUUUGCCGUCUUAACUAAUUCUACGUGAGACUUGAAAUGGCGUAUGAGUGAGAAAGGAAGCUCCAGGCUGACUGUUGUCCAUUGUGUCUGAGAUCAUAUUAUCCCUAUUAUAUUAAAAAUGUUUAAUAUAAACGUGUAUUUCAGGGUGGAAUUUUUCCUUUAACAUAAUGUCUUACUGUAUAGUCUUAGUGAGAAACACAAGAGGGCACAUGCUACCAUUCAAGUUAAUUUUAUUUCUAGUGAACAUCCAGACAAGUGUCAACAUGGCGGAUUGAUAAUAAAAUGGUAUGCAAACUUGACAGACCUGUCUUCUUUGCUGCAUUUAUGACUGCUGGAUAUUUGUAUAUAAAUAUAUAUUUAUAGGAUGCAAAGUAGAAUUGAAAAAUA